CGUUACCAAACUAUCAUCCUCUCUGGUCCCUUUGACAACUGAGGACCAAUUUAUUUCUCAGUUUAGCUUUUUAACGUUGUUAGCAUAUUCUCCUGUUCUCAGGGAUAUGAUCUCUUGGCGCUACUCUGCUCUGCCCCGUUGUGUCACUCACACUGUUGUUAACACUGAAAUCCGUCGACUUUUGAUUAGUUUUCAAGUCAAGCUGACAUAAGUUUAUUACUAAACUCUGCUCCAUUCACUGACUCCAAAAGCAAUAACCGCGAAGAACACACCAUACCACAGAUGAUCUGAACUAAAACAUGAUGAAGCACACAAGCCAUUGGUGCCAGGCUACUCCAUCAGUAACUGUCGGAGUCAAACCCAGCAGCACAAACCCUCUCCAAAUCAGAAGAGGACUCCGUCUCAAAAGAACCAACGACCAUGGCGGCCAGGGCCCGCCGGGGAAAAGCCAGCCCAGCCAGCGGCGGGAUGCCAAAAUGGUCGAACCCCCAACUAUUGUCAUCCAACGGCAGGAAAUGGCCUCUUUUUUUAGACUUCUUGAUGACAACGUGAUCAAUGACUUUCUGUGUAUGGACUGUUGCUGUAAAAUGUCUGACAAGUACCUUCUAGCCAUGACAUUCGUGUACUUCAAACGGGCUCACUUUACCAUUCCUGAAUACACCAGGAAGAACUUUUUCAUUGCACUGUAUCUUGCCAACACCAUGGAGGAGGAUGAAGAGGAGAGUAAAUAUGAGAUUUUUCCAUGGGCGCUGGGCAAGAACUGGAGGAAGCAGUUUCCUCGCUUCCUCAAGCAGCGAGACAAGCUGUGGGCUCGCGUGGAGUACAGAGCUGCCGUCAGCAGGCGCUGCUGCGAAGAGGUGAUGGCCAUCGUGUCCGCUCACUGUGUGUGGAAGCGCGAGCGGUCAGAGCACCACAGCGGGGCCCAGCGGCAGUACGGGGACCGAGGCCUGACCCGGAUCCCCCGCGGGCCCUCCUCCUCCCCGUUCUCCUGUGCCCUCUGUGACCGCAGCGCCAGGUUAGAUCCAGGCUCAGGAGCCUCUUCUCCUUUCAGAGCGUCUUCUGCACAGUCCCCAAAGCCCGCCUUACCACACCCAUUCACCACGGCUCUGAGUCUGGAGAUCACCCCCCCCAGGGCGGCCGGCUCUCGCAGGAAGGCGAUGGAGACCAAGGUCCAGGCGCAGCAUUCCUUCUGCUGCUGUGCGGAGGAGGUUCCCAGAGUUGAGUCUUCCACCAACGACACCUCCAUGGACUGGAUCAGUGAGGAGUAGAGCCUCGGAGCCUCAGCAUGCUGAGCCUGCGCUUCUGUGUGUUGUUGUCUCUCCUCAAUAAUACUUUAACAAUGAAGUAAAGGUCUAAAUACCAAGUGUGCCUCUAGUUUGUGUUUCUCUUUGAAUGCAAACACUUUGUGAAGUGAAAGAAAGAAAGGAGCUGAUGUCAUCCCAUGGUCACACUCAUGGAAACAUUCAAAAACACUGAUGUAUUGUAAAUAUUUGUCACUGAGCUCUUUAUUUAUUUAUUUAUGUACUAAAGCACUUUGGGAUUGUUUUUGACCACCACUUGUUUAUACACAGAAGGAAUUGGCAAAAGGAAAAUAAGUGACAUUUAGGAUCAAAGUUAGCCACUGCAU